CCCAAGAUGCAAAUUACAGUUGAGCUCAAUCAUCAAACAACAACACUACCAACUCAAACAAAUUCCAAAUCCAAUGAUCUAAUCUGAAUCUGUAACCAAAUGGAUCAAACAAGAUUCUCUCUUCCUCUCUCAAUUGACAAUUGCUUCUCUUUCACUUCACUCUUUUCGUUACCCCUCUCCUUCUCUCUCUUUCUUUUUGGCGGGAAUUGGACCCCACAAAAUUAAAAUCUCGUCUUCUCCCAACUCUACUUAUCUCUUCUCUCAUAAAUAUAACUACUUCCUUUCUUUCUUACGCCUCAACUCUAAACCAUUUUCUGCACUUUUCACUCUCAGAAAACUGCACAAAACGGUGCCGUACCAUUACCACAUUUCUUCCACUUCCAAAACGGUGCCGUAUUAUAACUCAUUCUAAAUGACCGUUAGUCUGUUCAUCUUUCUUCUCCUCUUCUUCUUUUUCCAUCCCGCCGUUUCUCUCUCCUCCGACGGCAUCGCGCUUCUCACUCUCAAGUCUGCCGUGGAUGCCUCCGGCGCCUCCGCGUUCUCCGACUGGAACGACGCCGACGCCACGCCGUGCCAGUGGUCCGGCGUCACGUGCGCGGACAUCUCCGGCCUCCCCGAGCCGCGAGUCGUCGGAGUCGCGCUCUCCGGCAAGGGCCUCCGCGGCUACCUCCCGUCGGAGCUCGGCACGCUCCUCUACCUCCGCCGCCUCAACCUCCACACCAACGCCCUCCGCGGCGCCAUCCCGGCGCAGCUCUUCAACGCCACCGCGCUCCACAGCGUCUUCCUCCACGGUAACAAUCUCUCCGGCAACCUCCCUCCCUCCGUCUGCACCCUCCCCCGCCUCGAAAACCUCGACCUCUCCGACAACGCCCUCUCCGGCGCCAUUCCCGACACGCUCCGAAAAUGCUCCAACCUCCAGCGCUUGAUCCUCGCCCGGAACAAAUUCUCCGGCGAUAUUCCGGCGAGUCCGUGGCCGGAGAUGGAAAACCUAGUUCAGCUCGACCUUUCAUCGAACCUUCUAGAAGGUUCGAUCCCGGACAAGCUCGGUGAGCUUAAAAUCCUAACCGGAACCCUAAACCUCUCAUUCAACCACUUGUCUGGUAAAAUCCCUAAAUCUCUCGGAAACUUGCCUGUUGUCGUGAGCUUCGAUCUUCGAAACAAUUAUUUGAGCGGUGAGAUUCCCCAAACGGGGUCGUUUUCGAACCAGGGCCCCACUGCGUUCCUCAACAACCCGAACCUGUGCGGAUUUCCUUUGCAGAAGCCCUGCGCAGGUUCGGCGCGGAGCGAACCGGGGCUCAGCCCUGGUUCUCGUGGGGCGCACCGGCCCACAAAGGGGCUGAGCCCCGGUUCGAUUAUCUUGAUCUCGGUGGCGGAUGCCGCCGGGGUGGCCUUGAUUGGACUUGUGGUGGUUUAUGUUUAUUGGAAGAGGAAGGGCAAGUCCAAUGGGUGUAGUUGCACUUUGAAGAGGAAGUUUGGUGGGGAGAGUGAGGAGUUGAGUUUGUGUUGUUGGUGUAAUGGGGUGAAGAGUGAUGACUCUGAGGUGGAGGAGGGGGAGAAGGGAGAGGGGGAGAGUGGGAGAGGGGAAGGGGAUUUGGUGGCCAUUGACAAAGGUUUCAACUUUGAGCUUGAUGAGUUGUUGAGGGCUUCUGCUUAUGUGUUGGGGAAGAGUGGAUUGGGGAUUGUGUAUAAGGUGGUGCUUGGGAAUGGGGUGCCUGUUGCUGUGAGGAGAUUGGGGGAGGGUGGAGAACAGAGGUAUAAGGAGUUUGCUGCUGAGGUUCAAGCCAUUGGGAAAGUGAAGCAUCCCAACAUUGUGAGGUUAAGAGCAUAUUAUUGGGCUCCUGAUGAGAAGCUCUUGAUCAGUGAUUUCAUCUCCAAUGGCAAUUUGGCCACUGCCCUUAGAGGGAGAAAUGGUCAACCAUCUCCAAAUCUUUCAUGGUCAACCAGGCUAAAAAUCAUCAAAAGAACAGCCAGGGGUUUGGCCUAUCUCCAUGAAUGCAGUCCAAGAAAAUUUGUUCAUGGUGACGUCAAACCCUCCAACAUCCUCCUCAGCACGGACUUCCAACCCCACAUUUCUGAUUUUGGUCUUAGCAGACUGAUCAGCAUCACUGGCAACAACCCCUCCUCUGGUGGCCUUAUGGGAGGAGCUUUUCCUUACUUGAAGCCAUCGCAAACAGAGCGAACUAACAACUACAAAGCCCCCGAGGCUCGAGUCCUGGGUUGCAUACCCACUCAGAAGUGGGAUGUGUAUUCAUUUGGAGUUGUAUUACUUGAAUUGCUUACUGGCAAGGCCCCGGAUUCUUCUCCAGCCGCAUCAACUUCCAUGGAUGUCCCUGACUUGGUGAGAUGGGUUAGGAAAGGGUUUGAACAAGAAAGUCCAUUAUCUGAAAUUGUUGAUCCGUCGAUGCUCCAUGAAGUGCAUGCCAAGAAAGAGGUACUGGCUGUGUUUCAUGUAGCACUACAAUGCACUGAGGGAGACCCUGAAGUCAGGCCUAGAAUGAAAACUGUCUCCGAAAAUCUUGAAAGGAUUGGAUAAUAAUGUUCUAAUGUUCACCAGCUUAAAGUAGUGCACCUGAGACUUGAAUUCCAAUGGCACUCGAGGAAGAUGCAUUGCAGCUCCAUGAUGCAUUUUUGUGUGUUAGCACUCGGAAGAUUUUCUUGUGGGGGCAUCAAGAUGGUGUUGCAAAUACUUUUCCAUCUCCAACUAGGUCCUCAGGCCCUUCUGUGUUAAAGCAAUUUUUUUGACGGCUAUCACCAUCACAGGUCUCAGCCCAUCUCGUUCUUUUUUGGGCAAAUCAAGGCAGUUGAUAGAUAUAUUUAAAUUUUGUUCUGAUCUCAUUUCAACUUGGGUCUGAUUACAAUAAUUUCACAAUAUCACUUGUUAUUACUUAGGUUGGCAGAUGCAAUCUUGUGUAUAAUAAAAUUAUUUCUCUUCUCCGUUGUGAAUGACAACUCACUUUCACAUUCUUCUUCAGUGUUCUAAA